AUGUACAAAUCGUUAGCGGCAGAGAAGUUAUACCCUUCAUGUGAAGACAAUCUCAUAAUAUUAUCUGCUAUUGUAGAACUGCACAAUGUGAAGAAAACUUAUAAAAUUUCGGGUAACCGUGUCAACAAUUUGUUGGAUUUGUUAAGAGAGUGGCUUUCAAAACCUAACAAGUUUCCCAAAAACUAUGAUGUUAUGAGGUCAAUGCUUAAGGAUCUGGGGAUGAAAGCGAAGGCUAUUCAUGCUUGUGAGAAUCAUUGUAUUCUGUAUUACGAGGAGAAUGAGGAUUUAAUAGAGUGUCUGUUUGAAUUCCAAAUGAUGACUCUGUUGAUACAUGGGCGUAAGUCACCGGGUCAAGACAUUGAUGUUUUUUUGUGGCCGCUGGUCAACACGCUAAAAAAACUUUGGAAUCAAGGUGUACAAGCUUUUGAUUCUUUGAAAAGGGAGUAUUUUACUCUGAAAGCAACUCUGAUGUUUGGCAUUCAUGACUUGCCUGCUCAAGGUGUUUUAAGUGGAUGUACCACUCAUGGAUAUUGUGCGCGUAUUUGUUGCGCAGACGAAACUCGAAGUACUCAUCUAGGUUACGACAACAAGAUUGUGUACACUAACUAUCGUAUAUUCCUUAAGAAAAGUCACCCAUUUAGGGAUGGGACUCUUUUAGGAUUAGAGACACAGGAGCAUAAAAGUGCACCGCUAAGACUAACAGGAGCGCAGUCGCUUGAGAAGUUGGCCGAUGUUCGUUACGAACCUGGUAAGUUAGUGGUCCGCAAGAUAGGUAAACGAAAGAGAUAUCAGUUUGAUGAAGAGGAAGGUGAUUCUGAGCUUGUCACAGGUGCUUUCUUCAAGAAGUGUAUUCUUUGGGAACUUCAGUCGUAUUGUGCCUUGACUAUACGGUAUUGUGUCGACGUGAUGCACACGGAAAAGAACGUCAUGGAACACAUUAUCUACACUCUUUGA